UACGAGUUGGACGCUGUCAUUUCCGGAAGUGGCGGAGUCGAGACGACCAGCGGCUUUUCCCGGAGAGUGUCCUGGCGCUGUCACCUCGGAGCUGCUCGCCUCUGGUUUCGCGCAGGAGGGGAAAGCCCUGAAUUUCUCUUGGUUCUUUGUGGCGGCGGAAUUCAUUAGCCAACAUGUCAAGCAAAAAGGCAAAGACGAAGACUACAAAGAAGCGUCCUCAACGAGCAACUUCCAAUGUAUUUGCUAUGUUUGACCAGUCACAAAUUCAAGAAUUCAAGGAGGCUUUUAACAUGAUUGAUCAGAAUAGAGAUGGUUUCAUCGACAAAGAAGAUUUGCAUGAUAUGCUUGCUUCCUUAGGGAAGAAUCCAACUGAUGCAUACCUAGAUGCUAUGAUGAAUGAGGCUCCAGGUCCAAUAAACUUCACCAUGUUUCUUACUAUGUUUGGUGAGAAAUUAAAUGGAACAGAUCCAGAAGAUGUGAUUCGAAAUGCUUUUGCUUGCUUUGAUGAAGAAGCAACAGGCACCAUUCAGGAAGAUUACCUGAGAGAGCUACUGACGACAAUGGGGGACCGAUUUACAGAUGAAGAAGUAGAUGAGCUGUAUAGGGAAGCGCCGAUUGACAAAAAGGGAAAUUUCAAUUAUAUUGAGUUCACACGCAUUCUUAAACAUGGAGCAAAAGACAAAGAUGACUGAAAGGAAUCUCAUAUCUGUCAAUUAUUCCAGUUUCACUUAUGUUUCAUUCCUAAGACCUCCCCCUUCUGGCCCCCCCCCCUCCUUUUUUUUUUCUCUGAUAGAACCUGCUGCAUACACUUUACACUAGCUUUUCACAGCCUUGGCUUUUCUUUAUGUAUUUAUUCUAGGCCCUCCUACCAUAAUGUGUUUGUAUAAUCAGACUGGAAGUGGGGAUGGUGUUGUAAAUUGUUUUGAAAAGAGUUUGAGAAUUUUUUAAAAAAUAAUCAAUGAAUGUGAAAGCCCAGAAAAAAAGAAUCUCAAUAUUUCUGGUUUUGCUGGAUUUUUACAUUUUUAUAAUAUAAAUGCUAUUUUGAAAUAAAGAUUAUGUCAACUCAAAGUAAAAUAUCAUGGCAAGUUAAACAGAUGUGUGGGGUUUUUUGGAAUUAUUUUGGGGAGAUUUUCAACUUUACAUGGUUCAAAUCAUGUGGUCAAGCUGGUUUGCCAGUGUGAGUGUUGAACAGUGUAUAUCUGGACUUUUAAAUAUUUAACAUUAAUGUGAAGUAAAAACUGUUAUGCCUACUUGGACUUUUGUCAUGCUUUUAGUAAGUUCAGUAUUUUAGAUUAUUACAUAGUUAGUUAAAUUCUUCAGAAGUUGUUUUUUACCAUAACAUUUUGCCAUUUAAGUUUAAUCCCAGAACAUGAGAAAAAUAUCUGGAGCUCACUCCAUUUACCCACAGGCCCUAGAUCAUGAAAAUUCAUAUCCAGUGAAAUGAAAGUUCUUUCAAGGCCUAUCUGGCUAAUCCUAAUUUAAGUGAAGAAUGUAUAGGUCAUUAUUUAUGACACCACUGUUUUAUUUCUAGAUGUCCCCGCCCUGAUUAUCCCAUGUUCGAUUAGAAAUGAUACUGUCGAGGCAGCUAGGUGGCACAGUGGAUAGAGCACCAGCCCUGGAAUCAGGAGGACCUGAGUUCAAAUCCAGCCUCAGACACUUUACACUUACAAGCUGUGUGACCCUGGGCAAGUCACUUAACCCCAAGUCACUUUAAAAAAAAAAAGAAAGAAAAGAGAAUGAUGCUGUCUAGCUUAUGGCAAGAAAAGAAUGUUGCUUUUUAGGUGACCUCUAAGAUGCUAAAAGUGUAGGUUGAAAUUAUGUUAUUUAAGGGGGAAACUGGAAAAUCAAGACCAAAGAACUGGAUUACUAACAUUUUUUACAUCAAAUAACCCUUGUGAUUUAAUGAUUUAAAUUUUAUUAGCAUUUCCUUAUGAAUGUGCAAUCAGUAUUGCCCAGCUUUCUCAAAGGGAUUGUUUAUAUUAAUUAUGGUUAUAUACAACUGCAACUGAUAAAUUAUAUGUUAAAGUAAUUGCACUUAUUUAAGAGAAGGGGCACCACACGUUUCCAUUGCCUUAGGCAAUAAUAUUGUAUUACCUAUUCUGAUUUUAUGCCUGAGCAUCCUUGGCAAUUCAUAUGACACUUAGGAAGAUACUUUGAUUCAGCCAGCAGAAGAGGCAAGGGAUUCCAGACAAUAGUAUAGUUGUCAGUUCCAAUGGGUUAAUUUUUAGAGAAAUAUAUACACAAUGUCUGUGGCGCAAACCAACCAAGAGCACAUAUCAAAUACCUCUCAAGUCACAGGGCAAUCUUCACCAAUGAAAGCAUUGAUAAAGUGAGAGAGAGCUAUCCCCAGGGCAUGUGAGAGUUUGAUAGUGGGGACUUUUGAUAGGUACCAUACCUUCUUCGUGUUUUACAAUCUUUACUUCUUCCUAAGAAUGUUGCUACCUUUUUUUAAAAAUUAAAGACGUAAUUUUGUUUUGUUAACAUCACCUUACAGAUUGUAUCACUGUUUACAAAUCACUUUUGUAUGUACUACUUCAUCCUCAUAACUGAGGCUAGAAUAGACAAGUAUUACUGAGUAGGUUAAUUUUUUUUUUACAGUUAUCAUGAUUAAAUGGCAAACCACUUUUAGUUUGAUGCAUAAUCUAUUUCAUUCCUUCAAAUGCUUAGAAUCCAGACUGUGACUUUACUAGCUGUGUAAUGUGAGUGAGUCAUUUCCAUAUCUCUGGACCUCUGUUUCUUCAUCUGUCAAGGGGGUUGACUAGAUGAUUCCUUAGGUCUCAUAUGCUGUAACAUUCUAAUUCUAUUAAUGUUUAAGAAGGAAAAAAAACCCCUCAAACUACCCUUGACUUAAAAGGGAAACACCUUGCCUUCCUGUUAACAGUUUGCCCCAUCACCUUCCUCCCACAGUUGUAACUUCACUCUUGCGCUCUCCACAACUUGGAGUCAAAUAGAAAAUAAAUCAAAAUGUAAAAACUCAGCAAAAUCUGUUAACAUGAAAUUUUAUAGUUAUUUAAAAAUUAAAAAAAAACCACAGCAA